CCUAAUCCCACAAGACCCUUACGUUUAAUCACACGAUAUCGACGUCCAGGCGUGUCCUCGCCGGAGACAUUCCAUCCAAAUAACUCGCCGAUACUACAAUAGAUGUCAUUGCCAUCUGAUUCUCGAACUGCUGGCAAUUCACGCCAACUGUCCAGCGGGGGGCCUCAGGCAAGAUACCCGCCCCUACAACCACAGGGCUGGCGUUCUGCAUUAAGAUGAGACCAAACGAGCAAAAGAGUAGCAUAUGCAUACAUGUAGUAAGCCUUGGUUGGCAUGGCGUGCAGUCACGCAGUACUAGUAGAUGCGAUGCUUGUACGCGCGGCCCUAAACCCUCAAUCUCACCUCUGGCAGCGAUUCUAGUAUUAUAAACCCUUGAGGAGUAUCUUGUCCUCUAACUUCAGCAAAGAGGAUCAUCUAGCAGUAUUGAAAGAUGAACCAACUCAAAAAGAAGACUCUCGACGUCAAACGGUCAUUGACUUACACCUACUACAUCUCCGACAAGACCAAAGCGAACUCCUCCAAGCCAGUCUUGUUCUUCAUUCAUGGCUUCCCAGACAGCGCGCACAUGUGGUCCGACGUGAUCGAUCAACUUCCAGGCCUCCCAUACCGCAUGCUCGCCAUCGACACGCUUGGCUAUGCCGGCAGUUCCAAGCCCACCGAUACCGCUCUCUACAGCUAUUCAGAUAUGAGCAACGAUUUUCUGGAGAUCCUUGACGCAGAAGACAUCAAGAAAACCAUUGUCAUUGGACACGAUUGGGGCUCUGGCCUCGCGCAGCGAAUGUAUCUGCAUCACCCGGAUUACGUGGUUGGCAUGAUUCUCCUGAGUGUCGCCUACCUACCACCUACAUACCAACCUUACGACCUUGAUGCCGCCAAUGCGUGGGCCGAACAGACCUUGGGGUACACCAGCUUUGCGUACUGGGAGCUCUUCACUGCUCCAGAUGGCGCGAAGAUCAUCAACGAGAACCUUGAGAAGUUCUGGGAGGUCCUGCAUGGCGACGUCGACGACUGGAUGAAGAAGAUGUUCUGUGUCCGCGGCGCUAUGCGGAACUACCUCUUGGGCGAUGAGCAUGUCCCGUUGAAACCCUACGCGAAGGAUCCCAAGUGGAAGAACGAAUUCAUGGAACGCUAUCAGCGAGACGGCUUUGACGCGCCUGUUCAGUACUACAAGGCCAUGGCGAACAAUAUCCAAUCGGAGUCCGAUAUGUCUAUCCCGAAAGAACGCCUCAAGCUCCAAGUCCCGGUAUGCUACAUUGGGUGUACCGGUGAUGCAGUCUGCCGCACCGACUUCAACGAGCCUUCGAAAGCGGCAGGCUUGAUGCCAGAUCUAGAAGAACAUGUCAUUGAAUCAGCACAUUGGUGUCCGCAGGAAGAACCUGAGGAGGUCGCCAAAAUCAUCAAGAAUUUUGUGACCAAGCGAUUCUCCUGAAAGCAACGGAGUUGCAGCGUCAGGCGUCUAGAUGUCUAUCAAGAACCUAUCCACUCCUUUAAUGUAGGUCAUAAGUCUAGCACAAUAGUACCUAUCCCC